GAGGUCGGGCUCACGUUCCAUCUGCUCAAGGACGUGCCCGGGCUCAUCUCCAAGAACAUAGAGCGCUCACUGGAGGAGGCAUUCAAGCCGCUGGGGAUCACCGACUACAACUCUAUCUUCUGGGUGGCGCACCCCGGUGGGCCGGCGAUCCUGGACCAGGUGGAGGCCAAGGUCGGGCUGGAGAAGGAGCGAAUGCGCGCUACGCGACAUGUUCUCUCUGAGUACGGCAACAUGUCCAGCGCCUGCGUCCUCUUCAUCCUCGACGAGAUGCGUAAGCGCUCCGCCGAGGAUGGCCGGGCCACCACCGGCGAAGGCUUCGACUGGGGCGUCCUCUUUGGCUUUGGCCCCGGGCUCACCGUCGAGACCGUCGUGCUCCACAGUGUUCCCAUCACCACCGGAGCGGCCAUCACCGCCUGAAAUGCUCCAAACAUGGUGGACAGAUCAACAAUUAUUAUUUUUUGAGCUUCAACGGGGAGGGAGAGUUUCCCCACCUUAAAUUUGUAUUAAGUGAUCUUGGCUGAAAAUGCCACCCCAGAUAAUAAAGGUUUACAUCAGUGUU